AUGGCUACCAGGGCCAACCCCAAGGACUCUAUGAAGUCGACCUGGCGCGUCGGCGAUCGAUCGGAAUGGAAUAUCAACCACUGGGCUCUUGAGGUGCUCAAUGCCCACCCCAUCGCCUUGGACCAGGAAGUCCCAGUACACAGCAAAGACGAGAAAGUGCCCUUCAUGCCCCAAUGGUCCCUGCAUCGCUGGGUGCUCUUCUACUCGGCCCUCCCGCUCCUCGUCCACCAGCUUUACAUGACCUACACCGGCAAGACCCUGGGUCCCUUCGCCGUCUUCAACCUCUACUUCUUCGCCUUCAACGCCACCGUGCUCUAUCAGGUCCAGGUCCUGCGCCGUCUCGGCCACAAGUACGGCUUCCUCGACGGCGACCAGCACGAACGGGAUGGCGUGCCUGACGUCGGCGUCGGCAAAGUCGUCACCUCCCUGUACAAAACCGCCGGCUCGCGCAUCGUCCUCUCCAUCUACCUCUCCUACACCCGCAGCCAGCUCCCCUCCGAGAUGCACUGGGCCUGGCUCCCGCUCGAAAUCGGCCUCUACGGCAUCAUCCUCGACUUCUGGUUCUACUGGUACCACCGGGUGAUGCACGACGUGUCCUUCCUCUGGAAAUUCCACCGCACGCACCACCUUACCAAGCACCCGAACCCGCUCCUCGCCGCCUACGCCGACCACGAGCAGGAGUUCUUCGACAUGGUCGGCGUCCCGCUCAUGACCUACCUCACCAUGCGCCUCGUCGGCCUCCCCAUGGGCUUCUACGAGUGGUGGAUCUGCCACCAGUACGUCGCCUUCGCCGAGGUCUUCGGCCACAGCGGCCUGCGCCUGCACCUGACCGUGCCGACCACCAUGAGCUGGCUGCUUCAGGUCCUGGACUCGGAGAUCGUCAUCGAAGACCACGACCUACAUCAUCGGAAGGGAUGGCGCAAGAGUUACAACUACGGCAAGCAGACCCGUCUCUGGGAUCGUAUCUUCGGCACCUGUCAUGACCGCAUCGAGUCCGUGCCCGACAAUGUGGAUUAUGAGAAUCCUGCGACGAUGCCGCUUUUCUAA